GGAACCUCAAAUCUGGCGAACGAGGGUUCCUAAAAGGAAACAAAAGGAUGGGCCCUCACAGGAAAAAACAGAAGAUCUCUGAAGACGGUACUGCUGUCGUUACGGACUCCGCGCUCAGCCAUCCCAAAACGACGGACUCUAAUGAAAGAGGUGCGAUCAGCCCAAGCACGCUCUUCAUUCGCGGUCUAAGUGCCGACACUACGCAUGAAAGCCUCACGAACCACUUCUCGCAGUCGUAUCCGGUCAAGCAUGCUGUCGUAGUCACGGAUAAGGACUCUGGCAAGUGCAAAGGAUAUGGCUUUGUCACGUUCGCCGAUCGCGAAGAUGCGCAACGUGCUCUGGAAGAAUUCAACGGCACUGAGUUUUCAGGUCACAAACUCAAGAUUGACUUCGCAGAGAGGCGAAAAAGAGAGGAUGUUGACCCAUCGGAGGGGGCAAGACCACACAAAGAGGAAAGAGAAGCCCCGUUGCCGUCCAAGUUGAUCGUUCGCAACCUGCCUUGGAGUGUCGAUACUCCGGAAAAGCUUACACGGCUGUUUUUGAGCUUUGGGAAGGUCAAUCAAGCAAUUGUGCCCAAGGACAACCACGGCCGAAUGAAAGGUUUUGGCAUCGUUAUGCUUCGUGGUAGAAAAAAUGCUGAACAUGCUCUCGAGAAGGUCAAUGGAAAAGAAGUCGAUGGGAGAAUUCUGGCUGUGGAUUGGGCUGCUGACAAGGAAACUUGGCAGAAGGCUCAGGCUCAAGCGCGAGCAACUUCCACAGAAGAGCUCAAAAAGGAGGCCGUGGAAGAUGAGCGCAUAGAUUCUGGACAAUCGGAGCAUGAAGACGUUGAGGAGGAAGAAUCAUCCUCGGACAACCUCGAUGGCGACGACGAUGAGAGCGGCGAUAGUAAUCAUGGCGCGGACGAUGCGGAUGAAGAUGUUGGCAGCGAGAAUGAAAGUGAGGAUGACAGCGUGAGAAAGCCGAAGUCGACGGGCAAUGAGUCUGUUCUCUUUAUUCGGAAUCUACCCUUCACCACUACAGAUGAUGAUCUCUAUGAGCAUUUUGGAGAGAUUGCACCAGUCCGAUAUGCACGCAUUGUAAUCGACAAAGAAACCGAGCGACCGCGUGGCACAGGAUUUGUAUGCUUUUACAAGAAGUCAGAUGCAGACGCUUGUCUCAAGGAAGCACCGCGUGUUGCAAAGCCACCGAAUUCCAAGGAAAAGAAAAGCCUUGCGGCUACUAGUGGUCCAUCGAUCCUAGAAAAUGAACUCGCUGACCCGACGGGCAAAUAUACUAUGAAUGGACGUGUCCUGCAUAUUACUCGUGCUGUGGACAAAAACGAGGCAGAUCGCCUUGCAGCUGAGGGGACUGCCUCACGCAACAAGCGCGACAGAGACAAGAGACGACUUUUCCUGCUAGGAGAGGGCACAAUACCCUCAAAUUCUCCGUUGUAUCAGAAAUUAUCAGCUUCUGAGAGAGCAAUGCGAGAUGCUAGUGCAAAGCAACGUCGAAAGCUGAUUGAGACAAACCCUUCAUUACAUUUGAGUCUCACCCGGCUGUCCGUUCGGAACAUUCCACGCAGCGUGACGUCCCAGGAACUCAAGAACCUGGCACGCAAGGCUGUCGUUGGCUUCGCCACUGAUGUCAAAGAGGGACGACGUCAGCCUCUUUCGAAGGAAGAGCUAGCACGCGACUCAGAGGAAAUGCGGAAAGCCGACAAGGAGCGUAAACUUAAGAAAAAGGGCAUUGUUAAGCAGGCAAAGAUCAUCUUCGAAGGAAAAGACGGCAGUAAAGUGGAGGAAGGCUCAGGACGUAGUCGCGGGUAUGGGUUCAUUGAAUACUACACCCAUCGCUCUGCUCUUAUGGGCCUCCGCUGGCUUAACGGUUAUUCAAUUGAAUACCAGGCGAAGGAAACACAGAAAAAGUCUAAGUCGAAACCCACCAAGGAGGAUAUACAGGAUAGAAAGAAGCGUCUCAUUGUCGAGUUUGCUAUUGAGAAUGCUCAGGUCAUUAAGAGGCGCAAAGAGAAGGAAAUCAAGUCACGAGAGCACUCCAAGAAACAAGGAACUGGUGCUACGGAGCAAGUGGUGGUCCAAGAACUGAAUAGGCCUGCAGGGAAAAAACGCAAGCGUGACGCAAGCACAUCGUCUAUUCCAGAUGACGAACGCAAAAGAGACCAUGAUCAUUCAAGCGGAAGAAGCGGCAAAGAUGACAUUUCAAAGUCAAAACAAAGGAAAAUAAUAGCGAAGAAGAGACGAGCACGGAAGAUUCAGAGACGAAUGAGCAAGGCCUAAGCCUAAGCAUUAGACAUUCAAUACGUCGAUCAAAACCGAUGAAUAAGCUUUGCCCUCCCCUAAUCUGCUCACGAAUUUCAAAAAGAGUCUCACAAAGUACAAUUUUUUUUUCAUUCCC